AUGCCUGUUGAGAAUUCUUUCUCGAUCCAUAAAAAGCGGGAGUGCUCGUUCGCGCGAAAACCGACCGAAAUGUUUAACAUGCUCCGAGCUGCUUGGGAUACGCUCUGCGUAACCUCGCAGCAGGGCCGGCGUUUUUUCGCGCAGUCCACGCCGGCGAUCGAGUGCCGUGAGGACGUGCUUCUGUCGCCGCCGGCGCCGCGGGUGUUGCAGUUCUCGCCGCCCACCGACCACCAGCUGAAGCGCUCCGGAAGGAAGCUCAGGGGCUCAGGCAGCAGCUCGGGCGCGCCUUCGCGCCAGCAGCGCACUGUCGCGCCGUCGCAAGAGCAGCACCGCCGCAGAUCGCGGCGUCCGACGCGUCAGGAGCUCAUCGCGGGACAGCACCCACCGGCGCCUCUCCCGGCCAUCACAAAGCGCAGGCCCGCGAUGAAGCGCUCGUCGCAGCAGCAGCCCAAGCGGCCGCCUUCGCGCCGAUCCCCGCAGCCGUCGGACAGGCCGGCGCCCCUGCGCCGGCGGUCGAGCCGCGUGACCGCAGGCGGCGAGGGAGGACCGGCGCAGCCUUCUCCCGAGCCGGCCUCACUGCCGCCGGUGGACAGCGGUGCGUGCCUCGACGACGGAAGCUCUAUCGUCGCCGAGCCCGUCGCGCUGCCGGCGUCGCUCUCGCGCGGCUACCUCGCCACGACCGCCGCGGCGGCGAGGAUCCUCGAGGCGGCACCUGCCCUCGACGAGGGCCCGACCCGCACGGCGGCCCAUGGCGCUGCUUGCACUGGCCAGCCCGCGGCGGGUUCGACCGAGGAGGUUCUGAUCGAGGAGGGAGCGGCGGAGGAGGAGGCGUCGCCGCAGUGGCUCGACGCCGAGCCGUGGCCUGCCAAGGCCUCGUCGCUGCGUUUCGGGUCGCUGCGGUUGGAGUCCCUGCCUCCGCUUCCGCCGGCGGUGGUGCGCGCCCUCGCAUCGCGCGGGAGCAACUCGCGCAAGCGGCCGGCAGCGACGCAGCUCCGCCCGCCCGCCCGCAGCCACUCCUCGCGCGGCCGCCUGGCGGCGCUCGGCGUAGCCGCGUCCUCUCGGGCGAUGGCCAGCGCCGUCCUUCCCUCGCCGGCAGCGCGGCGCCUCGUGCGCAAGCGCAACGUGAGCUGGGCGAAGAGCGACUCGCUGUGCAGCAUCCGCUUCUACGUGCCCGAGGAGGAGGGAGGCCGCCCGCUCGACUCUUCGCCCGCCCCGACGCCGCCCGAGAGCCCGACCAAGCGCGCCAAGCGGCACGCGAACGGCUGCUUGAUCAACUCGCCCCCGAUGCGCAGCCGCAGGGAGUCGCAGCCCGGCCUCCUGCUCGCCAAGCGGACUGCGCGGCACCUACAGUGGGCGCAGCUGCAGCGGAACGCCCCUGCCAAGCGAGGCGGCCCAUCGAACUCACCGCCGCACCGGCCGACGAGCCGUGGCCAAAUCGCCGCGCAACUAGCGGCGGCGGCGAGCGCGCCGGAUGUGGACCCUUCCUAG